AUGGCUCACCCUAAUCCCAAGCCGGCGAAGCGCCCGGCCACCUCGAGUCCAUCUGGGCCAUCAGCUCGCGCCCGGCCUAACCCCGCAUAUAUACUUGCGGACUGGCCUCAAGACAUCGCAAAGUCGAUAGAAGACAACGAGGUGGCUGUGGAGUCAGCAAGUGAGGACGCGCUAGAAGAGGCAUCAUCGCCUGAAAAGAGCGAGCCGGAAAUUGAACCCUUCCGGUUCAUGGAUCUUUUUCCCGAGCUCAGAUUCCACAUUUACGACUUCUUCACCGUAAUCCCCCCAGAGACAGAAUCCUCGAUCGAGGAGCGCCGUGAAAUCCAGAGAACCAGAAGAUCCCUUCUCGGCGUCUCAAAGGAUGUUUACAAAGAAUGGGCCCCAAUCUUCUACUGGAACGCCACGGUCAGAAUCACUGGGCCGGAGUGGUUUCCACCAGAAGGGUACCCAAUAGACAACCAGUGGCUCGCUGCCGAGGAGGAAUUCGAAGAGGAAUACAUGGCCAAGAUUCCCGACUACAAGCUGAAACUCGUCCGGAACCUGACAUUUGAUCAUGUAACUGACUAUCAUGAAAACCGCGAACAAUGGAUCAACGCCUUUGGGAUCCGCGACUGGGGCGGCUCCGAGAUGAUCCUGGCCUGGGAAGGCUACCUCACAUUGGGGGAUAUCCUUCGGAAGCACAUGAAGAAGCUUCCUUCGGUGCAAAGAGUGGUCUUCUCCAUCCGCAUCAACCCGCUGUGCAAUGACUACCGUUGGUACAUCCCAAUAGUUGAACGGCCUGAUCCCAACGAGAUUGUCCUGCCCCAUCAAGACGAGAUUCUCUGGGGGUUGGAUUAUACGGGACAAUUCGAGAUCUUGGAAGACAGAUUAAUGGGUAACCAGGGUUCUGGCGUGUUGCGUGGGUGGAAGGUGGAGCGGGAGUUUGAAAUCAGGCCGGACGAGCGUGCAGAACACACGCAGAACCGUGUCGCGUGUACGUCCGUGACUAUCACGUACACACGAGACGAUGCAGUCAUGCCACGAACAAUAGAGGAAUGGAUUCGAUAUGGUAAAGACUUGGGUUUAGAGUGA